UGACCCCACGCAGGCCAAAAUCAGACCUCGUGGUGCUGCGUGAGAGAGGAGAUGGCAACUUCGAUGAACUUAAAGUUACAAUAAAGUUCUUUGAAACUGGCUUUAAUAACUUUAAAGACAGUAUGUUGGUAUUGUUCGAAUCCCCAGCAGGUUUUGCUGUAUUCAAGCUUCUUGAUGAGAAGAAGCUCCUAGCCGUAGAUAAUCUCUACAAGGAUUUUGCAAGUCCUGAAGGAGCCAGCAGAAUAGUGAAACUGAAACAGUUUGAGAAGUUCCAAGACACAACAGAAGCCCUUGCAGCUGCAACAGCUACAGUCGAGGGCAAACUCGGCAAGGGUCUGAAGAAAAUCCUCAAGAAGAUCGUCGCCAAAGACGCCCACUCAGAGCUGGCCGUGGCGGAUGCCAAACUCGGCGGAAUCAUCAAGGAGAAAGUCAGUCUAACAUGUGUUCACAACUCGGCUAUUGCUGAACUGAUGCGCGGCAUUCGCUCGCAGUUCAGCAGUCUGGUGCCCGGUCUUCCCGAGAGGGAACUGACGGCCAUGACGCUUGGUCUGGCCCACAGUCUUUCAAGAUACAAGCUCAAGUUUAGUCCGGACAAAGUGGACACCAUGAUCGUCCAGGCAAUAUCUCUGUUAGAUGACCUGGACAAGGAACUCAACAACUACAUCAUGAGAUGUCGGGAGUGGUACGGUUGGCACUUCCCCGAGCUCGGCAAGAUUGUCACCGAUAACCUCGCCUUUGCCAAGGUUGUCAAAUUCAUGGGUGACAGAACCAAGGCAGCCAGUUUAGAUUUUUCCGACAUUCUCCCCGAAGACCUGGAAGAGCAGGUCAAACUAGCAGCUGAGAUCUCCAUGGGAACAGAAAUUUCUGAGGAAGACUUCAUGAAUAUUCAUUACCUCUGUGAACAGGUGAUUGAGAUAACAGAGUACAGAGCCCAGCUGUACGAUUACCUGAAGAACAGAAUGCAGGCCAUCGCACCCAACCUAACCACAAUGGUCGGGGAACUUGUCGGAGCCAGACUAAUAUCACAUGCAGGGUCAUUGAUGAACCUGGCCAAGCAUCCGUCUUCAACCGUGCAGAUCCUCGGAGCAGAGAAAGCCUUAUUCAGAGCCCUCAAGACAAAGAAGGACACGCCCAAAUAUGGACUGAUCUACCACGCAUCGUUAGUCGGGCAGACGAACCCAAAGAACAAAGGAAAGGUGUCGCGAAUGCUGGCCGCCAAGACUUCACUGGCGAUACGUGUGGAUGCCUUGGGCGAAGACAAUGACAUGGAAAUCGGUAUCCAAAGCCGAGCCAAGGUAGAGGCCAGACUGAGACAACUAGAAGAAGGAACGAUGCAUCGCAUCAGCGGAACGGGCAAGGCCAAGGCGCGCACCGACAAAUACGAACACAAGAGCGAAAUCCGCACCUACAACCAGGCGCAGGAUUCCACCCUCCCCUCCGUCCCCAAGAAGAGGAAAUUUGAGGACGAAGAUGGCGACGACCAGUCGGAGGCGAAGCCAGAUGUGAAGAGAAUAAAGGCCGAGGCUCAGGAAGAAGGCGAGACGGAAACGCCGGAGAAGAAAAAGAAGAAGAAGAAAAAGAAGAUGGUUGAGGAAGUCGAUACCUCAACUGUCAAGGUGGAACCCGAGGAAGAACCAGAAGAAGCCCCCUCAUCCGAGAAGAAAAAGAAGAAGAAAAGGAAGAGGAAAUCUGAAGGUGAGGCCGAAGCCGACACAACACUCACAGAACCAGAAACACCGAGCUCAGAGAGGAAGAAGAAAAAGAAGAAAAAGGAGUGACCCCAACCUUGUUAUCACCAUUUUUGUUUCUCUUUUUUUUCCUUCCUUUUUCUUUUUUUGAAUACUGCCAACAAGUUAUUCAGUACUCAAGUGAGAGAAUUGUUAAAUGUUGAAAUGCAGUUUUUUCCCCCUUGGAAAAAAAAUGUAUCAAUGAGAACGCAGGUACGUUGGGAAGAUGGUAUUUUUGAAAGUUGGUUACAGAAAUGUUCUCAAAUCCUUUCCAAAAUUUUAUAACCAUCGUUCUUCAUUUCUGAACAAAGUUGGUGCUGUUUAAAGGGCCCAUGCUAUGGAGUUUUGUUUAAUGCAAUCCUUGAAAAUGCACCUUUGUGUCCCAUUUAACCUGAUUUUCAAUUUUCGUUUUGCCAUUUUCAAGGGGAUUUUGGUGCUUGUUUCUUUUUAUGCUAAUGCAAAUUUCCAUAUUCACGAGCAAAAGUGUGAUGUCAUUUCAGGCAGAAACCUCAAUGUAACUUCUAUUCCAGCACAAGGUGCUAGAAUUUGUGAUAUUUUGCGGUCAUAAAGUUUCUUUUCUUUGGUUUUUCGUUGUUGUGUCAGUACAUGGCAGUAAGCCAAUGAGCAAACCUUUCUUACAAAUGUUUUCAAUGAGCAAAGUUUAGGUUCACAAUUUGAACAGAAAACCUCUAAACUGAACAGUGUCUUCCUGAAAUGACAUCACAGCAACAGCGCUCUUAAUUGUCCUGAAAAGCAUGGACAAUUUUUAAGUGUUUAAAGAAGUGCACUUUUCAAUAAUAUUAACCAAAAAGGGAUGUCAACUAAUUUUCAUACAUUUAAGAGGAGUAGAAAGUUGCACAAAAUAUGCUCCAAAGAAAAAUUCAUCGCAUGGACCCUUUAAGGGGUUUAAGCAGCACGUCAAUAUUUUUCAAGACACCUUCGAAAUAUCAAACUUUUAGGAAUAUUUUCUGUUCCAAACUUCUCUUUUUCCCAAGAAAUGGGAAAAUUCUUGAGCUUGUAAAUUUGAAUGAAAGCCUUUUUUUUUUUAUUUUGAGUAAUCCAUUACUUACAUUGUGUAUACAUGUACUAGUUGUGUUUUACAGUUUAACAAUUACAGCAUGUAAUUUCUUCUCAAAAAAAUAAAUUCUCCAAACAGUCUGUUACUAUUUUCACCAUGUUUUAAUUUUGUAUUUUAAAUUGCUUUUUAAUAUUUCCAAUUCCCAGAAUUUAUUUUAACUUAUGUACAUGAAGUUAAACCACCAAAAAAAGAGUAAUCCAUUUCAGUUCUUUACUGUAGUAUAAAAAAAAUAACUGAAGAAAAUAAAUACAUCAAGAAGUGACAUUUUGAAAGACUGUUUUGCAUGUAAAUAUCAUUCCAUUUUGUGAAAUGCUCUUUCUCCAAUAUGUUAUUGUUAAAUUAUUUUAUCAGUACAUAAACUUCACAUGACGCAAACCUGAACCAUGAAGAAAUACAAUAACAUGGCCUCGUGAAAUGUCACUAAAUAGUCAGUGAGACCCACACAAUGUUUGCAUUUGUAUAAUAAUAGUAUUUUCCAACUUUCUGCCUUGGAUUCAAGACUGACAUCAUGAAAUGCUGAGCACCCCUUUUUCCUUUUUAUAUUAAGCAAAGAUUUCCCGCCCAAAGCUGUAAAUUAUGUAUACAAUUUCUAGAACAUGCCCAGUAGUUACAGAAGCUGAAUAAAAUGGUUAAAUGUUUAUAAAAGAA